AGCCCUAUUUUAGUCUCUUCCUCUCUCUCCCUCUCCCUUGGGUAGUAACAGGAGAGAGGGGGGAAAAAAAAAUAUAGGAAAGACCUUUUAUUUUUUCUUUUAUUUUCUCUCCGAUUAUUUUCAUUUUGACAAUUUGGGAAGGAGAACGAGUGAUGGAUGACAGAUUUCCACCAGCAAAUGGCUUCAACUACUCUCCUUCGAGAAUCCAUUCUCCCCAUCAUUCCAUCCGUUCUAAUGCUCCUGUAGACAGAGAAAGGUAUCUGGCUGAGUUACUGGCUGAGAGGCAGAAGUUGGGACCAUUUGUGCAAGUUCUGCCAUCAUGUACCAGGCUUUUAAAUCAAGAAAUUGUACGAGUUUCUGGUCUUGGACCAGCUCAAAAUUUUCUUGAUCCUGAAAGAAUUGAGCAGAGCAGUCCUUUGAGAUUAUCUGGUUAUCAUGCCAGUGGGGGCCCAAUGGAUUUUGAGGGAUGGUCAGGGAUGCAUACAGAGGAAAGUGGAUAUCCUCAAAGAAUGGGGUUUCUUCAAACAUCAACAGCUGGUUGGAAUGGAGCUCCGGGUAUUAUUGCCAAUCCAGUUCUAAAGAAAGUUAUUAGAAUGGAUGUUCCAGUCGGGAAGUUUCCCAAUUUCAACUUUGUUGGUCGUUUAUUAGGGCCACGGGGGAAUUCCUUGAGAAGAGUUGAAGCUACAACUCUGUGCAGAGUUUACAUACGAGGUCGUGGCUCAGUAAAAGAUUCCGUAAAGGAGGAAAAGCUAAGAGAUAAACCUGGAUAUGAACACUUAAGUGAACCAUUGCAUGUUCUUUUGGAGGCUGAGCUUCCAGCGGACAUCAUUGAUACACGGUUAAGACAAGCUAUGAAUAUCUUAGAAGAUCUUUUGAAGCCAGUGGACGAGUCGAUGGACUAUUACAAGAAAAAUCAGUUGAGAGAGCUUGCGAUACUGAAUGGCACAUUGCGAGAAGAAAGCCCUCAGAUGAGCCCCAGUGUGUCCCCAUUCAAUUCCACCAGUAUGAAACGAGCAAAAACAGGAAUAUAGUUCCAACAUCUUAUUUCUGACCCUCAGAGAUUUACUGCUUUUGUCGUAUGGAAAUAUUCGGUAUAACAGUUACUCUUGAUAUAUGUGUGACAAAGCUCCAUAUUUAUUUUUCUGAAUUCAACAACUCAUAAAGAUUUUAAUAAAUCGGUAAAUUUCUUUUA